AUGUUUGCUCGCUUUGCAUUCACUGUGUCGCGUGAAAAGUCUCGCUCAACCUCGAAGGUGAAAUUUUCGAUACCAAGUAGAAUCUCACAUAAACGGAAACGAAAUGCCGAUAAAGCAUCCGAUGAGGAAGAACGCAAUGCGAAGACAAAGAGGGUGGCCAUUGACAAGGACCUUGAAUUACCCAGCACAAUUUCCAGUGAGCCAUUCAAAUGA